AUGGCCGCCGCUAUCCCUCCCAUCACCGGCAUGCUCCGCCGUGGUCUCGUUCUCGAUCUGAGCACCGCCUUCGGCUUCGGCACCACCUUCGGCUACCUCUGGUGGUACGGCUACCACCUUCCCCGCGUCCGCGCCCGUGACUCCUACUACACCCGUCUGGAGCAGGAGCGUGCUGCCCAGCAGGCUUAG